AGACUAUUCCUUUCUUUCCUUCUUCCCAUCCCAGUCUUCUCAUUUCAUUUGUUGCCAUUGGUUUGAGAUUUGUACCUGUCAUUUGUCAAGCCAACUCAUGAACGCCCUCCCCUCAGAUCCCUCAACUCCUCCGCCCUACGCAAUUCCCUCCUUCUAAUCAAAUUUUGAUGACAACAAUAAUACACUUGGAUGAGUGGGGCAAAGCGUGAGGUGAAUAUAUUUAAACAGGCAAUUGCGGUUGUUUGAUGGGCAACACUUGCCGUGGAUCUUUCAAAGGCAAACUGUAUCAGGGCUACACUCAGCCCGAGGAUCUCUCCAGAACUUCAACUUCCAGGCGCAACCCUUCUUCUGAUCACACCAAUUCCACCUUCGCCCCCACCCCUUUCGUCACCACUCCUAACCCCAACAACCAUAACAAUUUGCCCAUUUUGAGCCCCACCAAGGAAGUCACCACCAUGAGGCGCACAGCAGAAAACCAAGCUUACUACGUUCUCGGCCACAGGACUCCCAAUAUUCGCGACCUCUACAACUUGGGGCGCAAGUUGGGGCAGGGCCAAUUCGGUACUACUUACCUCUGCACUGAGAUUUCCUCCGGGAUCGAGUUCGCUUGCAAAUCCAUCUCCAAAAGAAAGUUGAUCGCCAGAGAAGACGUCGAUGAUGUUCGCAGGGAGAUUCAGAUUAUGCACCAUUUGGCUGGUCACAAGAACAUUGUCACCAUUAAAGGUGCCUAUGAGGACCCUUUGUAUGUUCACAUUGUGAUGGAGCUUUGCUCUGGUGGGGAGCUGUUUGAUAGAAUCAUCCAGAGAGGGCAUUACAGCGAGAGGAAAGCCGCUGAGCUUACCAAGAUCAUUGUUGGUGUUGUCGAGGCUUGCCAUUCUCUUGGGGUUAUGCAUAGAGAUCUAAAGCCCGAGAAUUUCUUGUUGGUUAACAAGGACGAUGAUUUCUCUCUCAAGGCCAUCGAUUUUGGGCUCUCUGUGUUUUUCAAACCAGGUCAAAUUUUCACUGAUGUUGUUGGAAGUCCAUAUUAUGUUGCACCAGAGGUGCUUCUCAAACAUUAUGGGCCAGAAGCUGAUGUAUGGACAGCUGGUGUCAUUCUGUACAUAUUGUUAAGUGGGGUACCGCCAUUUUGGGCUGAGACACAGCAAGGAAUAUUUGAUGCAGUCUUGAAGGGGCAUAUUGACUUUGACUCGGACCCAUGGCCGUUAAUUUCAGAGAGUGCUAAAGAUCUCAUUCGAAGGAUGCUUUCAUCCCAUCCUAAAGAACGAUUGACUGCUCAUGAAGUAUUGUGUCACCCUUGGAUCUGUGAAAAUGGAGUUGCUCCUGAUAGAGCUCUUGAUGCAGCUGUACUCACUCGUCUCAAGCAGUUCUCAGCAAUGAACAAACUAAAAAAGAUGGCUCUACGGGUAAGUGGCUAAGUUUAUGUAUGGAAUGAGCUAGAAGUUAUUCCUUGAGCUCGGUUAAGUGGUGGGGUUUGGAAUUCGAUGGAAUGAGAAAUGUGACAGGAGAAGAAUGUGGACAUUCCACUGUUUGGAUGCAUUUUUUAAAGGUGGAAUUUCGGAGAUGGAAUGAAAUUUUCACCAUAAAUAUGAGAGUACAAUGUUGCCCAUGUUUCUUCUUACAAAUCCCUAUGUAGUGUUAUUGUUCUACAAGUUAGAUGUUUUUCAGGGGAAUUCGAAUAAAAAGGAUAUAGUGGCAUUGUUCAAUGCAUCCUGUCCCACCCGUAGAAUUCACAUGCCAAUGAUUGUGAGGGCUUCCAUCGAGCUUAAAGUAGUCAUCCAUGCAAAGGAAAAAGUGGCAUUCCAUCAUUCAUUCUAGGGAAAUCAGGUCACAUACCAUGGACAAAUUCUGCCAUCCAAAUGACUAGGCUACAGAAUGUGAUAGCUGAAAGCCUUUCGGAGGAAGAGAUUGCUGGUUUGAAGGAAAUGUUCAAGUCUAUGGACACUGAUAACAGUGGUGCAAUUACGUUUGAUGAACUCAAAGCAGGUUUAAGAAGAUAUGGCUCCACCAUGAAGGAUACAGAGAUACGUGAUCUUAUGGAUGCGGCUGAUGUGGACAAUAGUGGGACCAUUGACUAUGGCGAAUUCAUAGCUGCGACAAUCCAUCUCAACAAAUUGGAACGUGAGGAACAUCUUGUUGCUGCAUUCCGGUACUUUGACAAGGAUGGAAGCGGUUUACAUAACAGUUGACGAGCUUCAGCAUGCAUGUGCCGAGCAGAACAUGACUGAUGUUUUCAUUGAGGAUAUAAUCAGAGAAGUUGAUCAAGAUAAUGAUGGAAGGAUUGAUUAUGGUGAAUUUGUGGCGAUGAUGCAAAUGGGGAAUGCAGGAAUUGGUAGACGAACAAUGAGGAACAGUCUAAAUUUGAGCAUGAGGGAUGCACCUGGUGCUCAAUAAUGCAUCAUCGCGACACCAACUUGUACAGGCAGUAGAGGAGAUGGCCUAGGAGAGAGCACUGACAGGAGAGACAGCCUCCUCAAAUUUUCAUUUCCGGCCUGAGACUGUAAAAGAAAAGAAGAUUUGGAUUGGAGGUUGGAGGCCCUGCAGUCGAGAGCUAGAAUUUGCAAUGGCUGGCUUGGAGGGAGACAUGUAUGCAUAAUAAUCUAAAUUGAUGGGAGACUGAAAAAGAAAGAGAUAAAGGGUAAAAGAAACAGGUUGUUGUUGCAUUUUGUAAAUCCGAGUGUGAAUUAAAGAAGUAUUGCUACUGCUACGGCCUCCUCGCUCUGCAAUUGUGGGUUUCGUAAGGAACGCUUGUUAAAGAAAGCUUUUGUUUCCCGUUUGUACCGAUUUUUUUGCAAGCUAUAUCUCCCUAGUUUUUAUUGGACUUCAUCUUCCUCUUUCACUGAAAUCGUGUCUGUAUCUGUGUUCUUUUUUUUUUCCUGGGUUUUUUUGGUAGAACAAGUGUGAGAUUGUACUCUCCUCCUCUGGCCUGGUGAGGGGGGUUUUAGUAGAGAGAGAGAGAGAGUGUGCUGCAAUUUGUCCUUGGAAUCAAUUUUUUGGAGCAUUGCAGUUGCUUGUGGAUGAAGUAUUGUAUCAGAUCCUGAAAGAAGAAUUGUUCAUUGUAUUUUGACUGCUAAUAUCUGCCUCUUAACGCUCAGCCCUUGUAUUUUGGUUGUUGUAAUGUUUUAACUAGGAUGUUAUUGCCC